GCAGCGCUGACUUUUGGAGGGAUCCGAAGGGGGGGGAGGAAGGCAAAAAUAAAUACACCCCACCCUCCCCCGAAAAAAAAGAAUAAUCUGCUCGAUAUGAAUAUUAAUAACGCGAGACUUUGCAAGUUGCCAGAAAGACUGUAGUUGCAACUGUCAAAAAGGUGCAGCGGGAGCGCGCAUUACUGUAUCGCGGUGCGCGUCCGCGGAGGUAAUAUCCGAGUGGAAAAAAAAAUAAUAAAAGAGCCGAAAUAAUCCGGAGGCGAGGAGCCGAACCGGGCCGAAGGUUUUUUUCUCCGCUUCCGUUUCCUUCGCCUCUCACAAAGUGUCGACGUCUCUGCACUGAAUUUGUCAGCGUGCCUCUUCAGCUCCAGCGCGCGCGAGGACCUUUCUUUUUCUUUUUUUUUUUUUCUUUUUUUUUACUCCUCCUUCGUAAUAAAGUCGCCAUUUUGCUUCAGUGCCUAUAUAAACCGUCCCGGGUUCUAAUAGCAGCGGGGAGCGACCUGCCCGCCGGUCUCCUGCCCGCGGUUCCGCCGGUCGUGGAGCGGCUUGCCAGGAAGAGCUGGGAGGGAGAAGUGCCCGGUGGUGUAACAGCCUACAUAUUAAUGCGGGAGAGGAGGAGGAGGAAGGUGGAGGAGGAGGAGGAGGAGGAGGGGGGGGCGACGGCGGCUGGAAACUGGGAAUAAAAAGGUGAAAGUAUCCUGGAAUUCUUUUUUUUUUGGAAUGUAAUCUCUCCUCUCGCGCACGGCUCUGCUCUUUUUUUUCUUCUUCCGGCUCGUCGUCGCGCGCAGAGUGGGGCGACAGGACGGCUGUCUGCCCCCCCCCCCCAUUAAAAAGAGCCCAGCCUGACCGGUCCCUGACGCGCGGCAGGUGUGAUUGCCAUGUAACAUAACAUUGGUGGAAACCACCGCCCACUCCGGUGCCCCCUUCCUCCGUCACGUGGGUGACCCCGGGGUCACCCCGACCGCCCGUCAUCCCCUUCAAACACCCUGCCCCCCCCCUCGGUGCUGGUGACUGCCCGACUGCUCAGACCUGAAAAACCCACACUGACUUUUGGACGAAGCAACGGUGCAAGAGCAAACCUUCUCCUCCCGUGUGUUGGUCCUCCUCAGGCAUGGAGAGCCCGAGUGGCCCCCGGCCCGGCAAGCUGUCCUCGUCGGGGCCGGCGAGGGGCCGGACCCCCAAGCACGGACAUCCCCAGGAGCCCGUCAGAGCGGCGGCGGGCCCCAAGAACCACGGCGCACACAGUCCGAUGUGUGAGGAGCCAGCAGAGGGGAAGAGGAAAGGUCGCCCUAAAGCAGAAGUGCAGGAACUGAGAAGCAUCCCUGCCCAUAUGAUAGUACAAUGGAAGGAGGAAUUUAAGCGCCGCUCCAGGGUUAAGUGUCCGCGUUCGGGCUGCUGGUUAGAGUUUCCCAGCAUCUAUGGCGUCAAGUACCACUAUCAACGCUGCCAGGGGCCCACCGUAGCCGAGAAGCUGAGUCAUGGCUGCCCCUACUGCGAGGCGGUGUUUGCCACGAAGGUGCGUCUGCAGAAGCACAAGCUGUGGAACCACCCAGAGAGGCCGAAUGUGGAGCCCAAGGAUGCGCAGCCCAAGCUCCAAAAGGCCCACAUCAAGCCCAACGCCAAGAAAAGGCCCAUGGAGAACGGACCCCCCUCUCCCGUGUUCUUCAAAGUGAAAAAGACCCACGAGGGGUCAGCGGCGUCCCUCAACGGAGAGCUGGCCCACCAGAAGAGCGAGCGGAAACUGCACAGCCACGGCCCGCCUCCGCAACAGAUUCACCAGUCCCAGCCGGUCCAGGCUCAGUCCCACCAGUCCCAUCAGCCCCACCAGCCCCACCAGUCCCACCAGUCUCACCAGCCCCACCAGUCCCACCAGUCCCAAAGCGCAUCGUCUGAUGCCGAGGACAGCGACGGGGACAGCCUUCCCACCUCCUUCCCCGACGAGGACCCUGAGCGAAUGAGGCACAGACGGAAGCAGAAAACACCUAAGAAGUUCACCGGAGAGCAGCCUUCCAUAUCUGGCACGUUCGGAUUGAAAGGUAUGACUAAGGUGGAGGAGAAGCUGAAGGCCCGCGUGAAGAGAUCAGAAGGGAGUGGGCUCAGUGAGGAGCCUCAGAGGAGACCCACUUCAAGUCAGACCUCCAAGAAAGAUCCCGCUGCAACCAGCUCUGGUGCCGACACCCACUGGCAGCGAGCCAUCCACGAGCGGGGCGAGGUGGUGUGCCCCACCUGCUCCAUCGUCACCAGGAAAACAGUCCAGGGCCUGAAGAAGCACAUGGAGAUCUGCCAGAAGCUCCAGGAUGCCCUGAAGUGCCAGCAGUGCCACAAACAGUUCAGGUCCAAGGCCGGCCUCAACUACCACAGCAUGGCCGAACACACCACCAAGCCCUCGGGAAGCGAACACCAGACGGGCGACAAGCAAGAGGAGCGAGAGAGGCUGCGGCGGGUCCUCAAACAGAUGGGACGGAUCAAGUGUCCCAGCGAGGGUUGUUCGGCCCACUUUUCCAGCCUGAUGGGAUACCAGUACCACCAGAACCGCUGUGGCUCUGACGACGAAAAGCCUGUGUUUCUGUGCCAGCACUGUGGGAAAACCUACCACUCCAAGACUGGCAGAGACUACCACAUACGCACCGAACACCCCCCGGCCAUCGUAGCCACCGCCGCCGUGAUGACCACCACAACCAACAACAGGGACAUCAUCACCGACACCACCAACAACAACGCGGGAAAAGACAGAAGGUGUGCUGCUGCUCCCCAGGUGGCCUGCGGGGAGUCGCCCCCUCCAGGGAAGAAGGAGCAGAGCCCGCCUGAGAAGAAGGACCGGCCGGGGAAAACCCCAGUAGCCCCCCCCAAAGAGAAGGAAAGAGAGGUCGGGGACAAGGAGAAGGACAAGGAGAGGGAGCGAGUCAAGGAGAGGGAGCGGGUCAAGGAGAGUGAGCGGGUCAAGGAGAGGGAGAAGGUCAAGGAGAGGGAGCAAGUCAAGGAGAGAGAGUGGGUCAUGGAGAGGGCGCCGCAGGCCGGCAGCCAGGGCGACGACUUUGAGCGCACGCCGAGCGGCCGGGUGAGGCGCCGGUCGGCUCAGGUGGCCGUGUUCCAUCUGCAGGAGAUCGCAGAGGACGAGCUGGCUAAAGACUGGGGCACCAAGCGCCGCAUCAAAGACGACCUGGUGCCGGACAGCAAGAGGUUAAACUACACCCGUCCUGGCCUUCCCAACUUCAGCCAAGAGCUCUUAGAGACCUGGAAGAACCAAGUGAAGGAGAAGGGCUUCAUCUGCUGCACCAACGAAAACUGUGAAGCCGUCUACUCCAGCGUGUCGGGACUAAAAGCCCACCUCGCCAACUGCAGCCAGGGUGGUGGAGAACUGGGAAAGUACACUUGUCUGAUCUGUCAGAAGGACUUUAGCUCGGAGAGCGGUGUGAAGUACCACAUCAGCAAGACACACUCGCAGAACUGGUUCCGUACGGCCGCCAGCCAAGUGGCCGCCGGCGCCAAGGCCAAGGCGCCGGAGAACAACGGCAUCAAAGGCGAGCUGAGGAACGGCGCCACGGGCAAGAAGAGGGGCCGCAAGCCCAAAGAGCGCCCCCUGGUGGCCGAGCCUCUCCAACCUGCAACUGAAGCCUCGCAGGGUACCCCGAGCUCGACCCCCGCCGCGACCCCCCCGCAGUCCCCCGCUCGGAGCCCCGCCCCAGCGGACGCCGCCAGGCGCAGCAGACCCUAGAGGUGGGAGUGGCGUCAGGGCCCCUUAAAGGAGCCUCGCUGGACUCUGAGGAGACAGGAAGUAGAACAUUCAGUGCGUGUCUACUGCUGCGAGCGGCGCUCUCGGGACGGUGGUGUUUUAUUUCUUCAUUCCGCCUUCGUCUCCUUUAAAAACGUCCUUUUUUUUAGUGAAUCAAAGAUGUUCUGAAGUGUUCUCUCUGCAUUGUUCACGCCGAGGUUUAGGAAAGAAAAGGAUAUUCUAUUAGCAUGGCGAAGUAAUUAACGAUAGCUAGUGUUCUCACUCUUUUUUUCUUCCUCCCACAGAUAUACUGUACUGUGUACAUAAACAAUAUCUAUAUCUAUAUAUCUAUAUACUCAAAGCAAUGACGCAUCGGACACGGAUCAUGAGCUGUGUGCGUUGUAGUGCAAUGAACAUCAUUUCUUCAUAGUUUUCACUCUUGGUUUCUUUUCGAGUUUUAGUUUUAAUGUUUCCAGUAAGCAAAUGUCACAUAAGCUAAAAUGUUCUUAAUCACUUAUUUCAUCCUUAAGCUACGACUUUCAGUUUCCCUCUCAAUCUGCAUCACGUGAGGAUGGAAGAUAUCUGUUGCUUUUAAACGUACGUUAAUGAUCAGAACCGUACCCUGACCCCCCCCCCCCCGGACGUUUGGCGUGGAGCUCGUCGCAGCGUUGCAGCACAAUCAGAGGAGGCUGCGGCUUUAGCUUCAAUCAGAGCCGAGGAGAGGACUUCUUUUUAUAGAGCGGCCGAGGGAAAUACUCUUUUAUUAAGACAAAAGGAAAGAAAAUAAUCUCAAGUGUAGAUUCUCGCAUUGUGAUGUAUAUGAAUUAACUCCUGGAUGCUCAAAGUUGUCGCCUUGCACUUUAACCCGUGUACCCAACUCGCUCCCCUCUUGUAUUUUGCACUGUGGGAGUAAUAUUUUACUGUAGAGAUUAAAAAAAAAAACUAAAUUUGUCCUGACAUGGAUGACGCUUGAAUCUCUCUCGAUGGAAUCUGUAAUCCAACGUGACGGUUUAAUUAUGACUCGACACACAAAGCCAUAACGGGUCUCAGUUAGUUUAGUUUAGAUUUUAAAGAAGAUGAGAGCGAUCCAAUAUUAUUUAAGACAUUUACGAAUCUAAAACGUGUGCAAUCAGAGAAUAUUUUGACUUUAACAUGUUUAAAGUAGAUACUUGAAACCGCAGUUACUAAUAUUUAGAUUUAUAGUUGGAGUCUACGUCCAUAAAAACAAUGACUCGGUCAUAAAUCUAUUUUAUAUUCUCCUCGCAUGGGAAUCCGACAGCUUUUGGACCGAGUUGUGAUGUGGGGAUAAUAAAGGGUAAUAAAUAAAUAAAUAAUAAAUAAAGGGUGCUUUAUUCGCCACUUUACCUUAAUCCAUCCCGACGUUUCCUCCUCACCGGCAAGUCGUCUGAGCUUUUUGCACCAACAAAUGUCAAAAUCAUCAUUCAACAAAAAAAAUAUAAUAAUAAUAAUCUAGCACUGAUGUCAGCAGAAAAUGUAAAAGAUAAUAAUAACAUGUGUCCCAGGUGGUGUCGUCCCUACGCCGCGACCCUUUUUUAUAUUGCAGAGCAGAGAUGGGAGCUGAAUUUCUCCGUCAUCGAUCAGCUGACGGAGCUUCGCUCAGGUGGGGAUGAUUAUGCACGCGUUCCGUCUCUUCUAUCCAGGUGCAACCCGACGGACAGGACAAGUUAGACAAGCACUGAUCGGUCCUCGGACCCUUAAAUCCUUUCUUUUUUUUCGAUAUGGAGUUUGUCCAGACCUUGUGUGUGUGUGUGUGUGUGUGUGUAGACGGCCGGCUGUGAGCGACGGUCCCACAGGUUUCCUGCUUGUUACUCGUUUGGUUGAUGACGUCACGCUGCGUUCACCUGGCGAGCUUCGGUGUUGCAAUAUGAUAGCUAGGCACUGCUUUUUGACAGUGGGUAUUUUCUAUAUUUUAUCAGGCGCCCUUUACUAUCCGUCUUCCUACGAUGUGGAGAACACACUUGCCCCCCGCGGUGCGAGUGUUGGAGAGUACAGCAAUACACCGUGUUUAGCUGGAUACUUUGUUGGCUUGCUGAUAUUUUGAUAUUAACGUGUUUUUUCUCUAAAUUGUAUGACUUUUCACCCCCCCCCCCACUCCCCCUUUACUUGAUUUGCUUUGAAAGAUGCUUUUUCCACAUUAUGAAAUUUAAACAAAAAAAUGGGUUGAUUGAAACCUGGGCUUGUUUCCCCAGUACGAGACGACAAACACAUGGAGAGGGUCCUUUAUUAUUAUUACUACUCAAUAUGGGACAACAAGGCAUAUGUAUGUGUGUUUGUGUCUGUAUUUAGUGCACCUACUAUACCACGAACUAGGCUUGACGUAGGAGUGUUGUUAGAGCUUUCUAGUUACCCUGACUGUGUGUGGUGUGACUUUUGUACGCAGGGAAAGCAGCAGCCUCACGCGUCUUCCCUUUUGUCAGCAAAAGUCGAACCGUAUAAAUCCCCCCCGAGACCGACUGGGGAUUUACAUUUGGACAAAAAAAAACCAACAGCAACAGCGGUUAGUUUUGUGCGCCGCCUUCUUUAAAAACAAAUGAUGAAACGGUUUGGGGGUUUUAGAGGGUGACGUUUAGCUCAUUACUGAUUCUUAUAUUUAGGUAACAGGUGCAAUGAAGCUGUGUAGAACGUAACGUGAGAGGCAUCAGUGCCUCCCUUGAGUCUGAGAUGUUACAUUUUUCCCCAAAACGUGUUGUAUUACCUGUGCAUUAGUAUCCCUCAACUAAUUAAUAAAGGUUUGUUGACUAAAA